AUGGAAUUUUAUGGAUAUGAGACGAGCAAAUUCGUGACGAUUCGAGGUAGAGAUGUCACCGUAGAAUUUGAUGGCACUUACACGGACAAAUACAUGCCCGCAUGGAUUGAUCCUGAAAUUCGAGUGUUCAAGGAUAUAUUCAACGAAGGAAUAACGGGGAAUGCCCAGAGGCUGCCUCUGAAUGACACGACGUACAAGAUUUACAAUUGCCGACUGAUGCUUCUACCCGUCGCUGAAGAAAAGUGUGAUAUUAUAAAUAAAAUUGGAGACGUUGCCCUCGUUGAGGGUAUUGCUGCCCUGGAUCAGGUUAAUGGCUCGGUAAAGUUGCCGAAUAUCACGGAAAAAUUUACGACUGGCAAAGGCAUCUUCACGGCACACGGUCUUCUCGAAACGACAGGUGGAAUAUUUCGGGACCUGACAACACUCCAGAGGAGUGAAAACAUAGAAAUAACAAGAGCCGGUAAUAAAUACAGCGCCUCUGCCAGUAUUCAAAUGUCAACAGCAGAAUUGCAUUUUUCUAAUUACAAGCUGAGCUAUGGGAUCAUAAAGUUAGAUGGUGAAUUUGAUAUUCGUGUUGCGGGAGUAAAACUGCAAGCAGCGGCUUCCAUCGACUAUUCCCAAAAGCCCUGUCUCCCCAGAAUAGAGAAGAUCAAAGUUUCGGAAUUAGGAAAGGUCGACGUCGCCUUCACCGGGUUAGGAAUCUUCAACUCUGUCCUCGGAACCGUUGUGGAUGGUAUAAUAAGGUUCUUAAAGGUUCUCCUGACGAGACUGCUGGAGGAGGAACUGAUGAAGAUGGCUGGUGAUGCUUUUAAAGAUUUCGAUUGCGAGAAAUUCAGGCCAGGAUGA